AAGACACUUUUACAGCCCUCAAUAACCGGGAGUCACACCAUUGCAUUUGAUGUAAGAACCAGUUUGUUCUGCAUGACUGGGUGACGCCAGGCGCCCUCAUUACACACUAGCCUAAUACUAGGUUGGUUCCAACCGGCUACGCACUGCUGAACAACCACCGUGCUGCAUUGGUUUUUUAUUCUACACUUGUCGUCAGUAUGGCUCAACUGAAGUUAUCACUUUGCGUGUUGGUGUCUAUUUCUUUCGCCUCGGUUUUGACCACAGACAGCUCCAUUCAGUUUGCGUCCGAAAGUCUCAGUUCCUCAUCGUUUCGCUCGGUGUGUAAGCCCAUCCCCAGCACACUUUCUCUGUGCCACGGCGUCGGUUACGGGGAUAUGCGGCUGCCCAACCUGCUGGGGCACGACUCAUUGAAAGAAGCCCAGCAACAGUCGGCCGCCUGGCUGCCGUUGGUCUCCAAACUCUGCCACCGAGAUACCAAGAAGUUCUUGUGCUCGCUAUUCGCCCCGGUGUGCCUACCGGAGGGGCCCGUGCGCCCCUGCCGUGGGCUGUGCGAGGCUGUGAGGGACGGUUGUCUCCCUGUGAUGAGCGCGUUCGGGUUCCCGUGGCCCGACAUGUUUAACUGCACACAGUUCCCACGCGGGGUCCAUCUCUGUAUUCCCACCACGACCCAAGACACACAGCGUGCGCGGAAGGGAGAGGAAGCGGGUCACGAGGAGGCAUCAGAGGGAACAGUGAUCUGUGACUCAUGCAGUCUGGCUGCUGAGGGGGAGACCGACAUCCAGAACAACUUCUGCAAGAGUCCAUAUGCCUUUAAACUGCUUAUCGGGAGUGUGUCUGUGGAGGGGGGUGACUGCAGGUUAGUCCCUCUGGGCCGGAGUCGCAUCCUGAGGUGGGAGGGUGGAGGCACGGAGAGGGCUGAGGGCGUCCGGGGGGCAAUGGCCUACAGUGCCCUUUGGCUGCAGGAAGGGGGUACCUGCACCUGUCCUGCCCUGGAGGAGGCAAAUGGGGGAGAGGGGAAGGGGUCCGUGGCAGGGGUGUGGUACCUGGGCCUUGCUGACAUACAGGAGGGCAGGUUGGUCCUCUCUAGGCUUGUGAGAUGGAGGAAGGGGGACAAAGAACUCAAGAAGUUCAUCAGGAGACUGCUCAAACAAGCCUGCUGAUGAUGUCAUCAAACAAGCAUAAAGAGACUUUCCAAUUUGGCCAAUUGGAUGCGUAUGAGAGGACACCACAGCCCUGUUACAUGUCAACCUCUUGGCCUAUAGACCCUAUCCCUUCAAUAUCCCUUUCAUAUCCCUUCAAUAUCCCUUCAAUAUCCCUUUCAUAUCCCUUCAAUAUCCCUUUCAUAUCCCUUCAAUAUCCCUUUCAUAUCCCUUCAAUAUCCCUUUCAUAUCCCUUCAAUAUCCCUUUCAUAUCCCUUCAAUAUCCCUUCAACAUCCCUUUCAUAUCCCUUCAAUAUCCCUUCAAUAUCCCUUCAACAUCCCUUUCAUAUCCCUUCAAUAUCCCUUUCAUAUCCCUUCAAUAUCCCUUCAAUAUCCCUUUCAUAUCCCUUUCAUAUCCCUUUCAUAUCCCUUCAACAUCCCUUUCAUAUCCCUUCAACAUCCCUUUCAUAUCCCUUUCAUAUCCCUUCAACAUCCCUUUCAUAUCCCUUCAAUAUCCCUUUCAUAUUCAUAUCAUCUAGCUCUGGAGAAGUCGUGCCUUCAUCAUAGGGCUCCAGAGUGACGCAGGGGUUUAAGACACUGCAUCUCAGUGCAAGAGGUGUCACUACAUUCCCUGGUUCGAAUCCAGGCAGAAUCACAUCCGGCCGUGAUUGGGAGUCUCAUAGGGUGGCGCACAAUUGGUCCAGUGUCGUUCGGGUUUGGUCGUCAUUAUAAAUAAGAAUUUGUUCUGAACUGACUUUCCUAGAUAAAUAAAGGUUAAAUAAAUAAGAAUAAUUGAGUAUCUACCCAGUCUGUUCAGAUCUACGAAGACCUGCUAGGCAGAAGAGAGACCAUCAGAGGACCAGUGUGUUUGUUUGGAUCUAUGUUCUGGGCACCUGUCACAUAUUCAUUAUUAAGUGUAUUAAAUUCUGAAUAUUAUUAUUUUUUUAAUCAAAUGUGAGAACAUGAUUGUGAUUUGUGUGAGCCGAGUGAGGACACAGUUACCAGUGAGGCACAGAGCAGCAUUAGUUCCAUUCAAAGCAGAGUAUUAUUGGCAGAUAGUAUCAGAGACUGCUGUGUAAGUGUCCAAUAAACAUUAUUUUGAGCUGUAAA